AAACAGCAGUUGUAGCACUUAUUAUAUUAUAAUCCAAUAAUCCUUAUCAAAGUACAUAGAAAUCAUAAAAACCUUAAAAUGUCUGUAAGUGCAGGUGACAAUUUAUUAAUUGAAAAAGAAUUGAAAAUUGUAGUAUUAGGAGAACCAUCUACAGGAAAGAGUUGUAUAGUGUCUAGAUAUUGCCAUGAUGAUUAUACAAGACAAUAUAUACCAACAUGUGGCGUAGAAUUUUAUUUAAAAAGAACGCAAAUUCAAGGUCAUAAUGUCAGAAUCAAUAUUUGGGAUACAAGUGGAUCAACUAAUGGACUAUUAAAAAAAUACAUUUAUAAUGCCGAUGCAAUUAUACUUGUGUAUGAUAUAACAGACAGUGUUUCGUUUUCGUCUGUGUCGACAUGGUACAAUAAAGCAAUAAGUGUUCAUUAUGAUGAUGUGCCAACGUUUGCUUUAUUUUCAAAUAAAUGUGAUUUAGAACAUAAAAGAUCAGUUGCUGAAGAGAAACAAAUAUUGUUUUCAAAAGAAUUUAAAAUACCAAUUUCUCAAUCUGUAUCUGCACGCACUGGUGAAAAUAUAAUGUUUGCUUGGCAACAGUUGGUGGCUGAAUGCUUGGGGUUAAAACUUUCGAAGUUUGAUUUAGAACAACAUUUAGUAAGACCCGUGAAGGCAGAAAUUGAAACUACAGUCAAUCAGUACAAAACUAUGAUGUCGAAUCAACAGCAAAAUAUGUCUUCUACAAUUUGCGUUAUUCAAUAAUGUAUACAAUUAAUAACAAAACAAAUGUGAUGUGCCUUUUUUGUAAUAGGUUGUAUUAAUUAAAAUUUUAUUAAAACCAGAUGAAAUAUGAACAAUUAAAAAUUUAAUGAAUAAAAUGUGUUUUUAUUUAACUUAAAAAA